AAUGUAUUUCUUUCAUCAAGAACUUUCACCAGUGUCCAAUUCAUUACUUAUUAACUGUCAUAUGCUUGUAUCUCAAUUAUUUUAUUAUAAUUCAUCAUCUUUACAACUCUGUGACCACAAUAAAGUUGUGAUACAUUGCAAUAUUAACAAGUUUAUGCACUAAUAAUGGCUACACCCUCAUCCGAGAACGUGAUCCCUUCUUCUCAGCGACCUGACGGCACGUGGAGAAAGCAGCGACGAGUCAAGGAAGGCUACAUCCCCCAAGAAGAAGUCCCAUUGUAUGAGAGUAAAGGCAAACAGAUAGCAAAAAGCAUCCCUACUCACCCCAUCGGCCUACAUCCUGAAGACAUCGUCAAGCACAAACAACUUGAGAGAAUGGAGAAGCAACUUGAGAGCACCAACUCCAUCAUCCCUGGCCUCCCCACCUCUGCGCUGACAUCAACUAAGAGUGGUCCGAAGAAGGAAAAGAAGAAGGCAUCGUCUUCUAAGAAGGAAGCCAACCCAAAUGGCUUCGAAAUCACAUUUGAAACGUCCAUUGUUGGUGGCCCUAAGACCCAGAAAGGCAAGUCCAAGAAUACCAACAAGAGCUCGAACAACAAGGAGAAUACGGGGACGUCUGGCAGUCAGAGAUCUAGCAAGACGGCGGCUAAAGACCCCGCUCAGAAGCCCUCCAAGACCUCCGGCAGCGAAGCACAGAAGAGCAAGAAGCCCACGGGGGAGGAGGCAGCUACCGCGGCUGCGCCUGCAAAGCCUCUGAAGGAAGUCACCAAGAACGUUAAGGAUAAUAACAAAGAGAACAAGGACAAUAAGGAGAAGAAAGAAGCUAAGGAUAACAAAAAUGCCAAGGAAAACAAGACUGAGUCUCCCAAGAAAGCCGCUAAAGAUGGAUCCAAAGCAACUAAGAAUGCAGCUAAACCUGACAAAGAAGAUGGUAAAAGCAAGGGAGAAGGCAAAAAGGAAUCGGCGAAGGGAGACAAGCCUAAAGCCAAUAAGGAAGGUGGCAAAGCCUCUGCCAAGGUCCCUAAAGAAGGAGGUCAGCAGCCUACUAAGGAGAAGACUGCCAAAGCCAAAGAUUCAGGCAAGGCAAAAGCCAGCAAAGGCUCUGAAGGGUCAAAUAAAGCAGCUGAUGGUGCUAACAAGGUUGCUGAUAGCUCACCCAAUGAUCCCGCUCAGGCCGCCAGACGACUAAAAAACGUCACCAAGAAGCUGAAGGAAAUCGCCAAGCUAGAAACCAUGAUUGAGUCCAAAGAAAUUGUUACACCAUCUCAAGAUCAAAUUGAUAAGAUAAACAAGAAAGCUCAGUUCACCAAGGAAGUUCAGGAGUUGGAGAAGAUUGUGGGAGUCCAAGAGGGUGACAAUGAAGCAGCCAAGGCUAACGAAUAGCCUAGAGUCUGAAUGACGCGCUCUUCGUAACUUCACAAAUCGAAAUAUUUUCGUACGGCUGAAGAUGCCCUUUGGUUUUUUAUUGCUAUUUAUUCUUCCAGACUAACGUGAUGUAUGGUUCGGAAGCGUGUCUUGAUGUUUUCUGUUAUUGAUGUUAGAAUUAUGAUGAAUUAGACUUGGAUUAGAACCAUAAACCUUAGAUUUGUUCAAUUGUAUUCGUUGGAGAGCGAGCGACUUCUAAAUUAUUUAUACUCAAUUUUCAUCCUGAAACCACGCCCCAACUUUUAAUUCACCUCACGCUCUGUUAUUGGCGUUUUUCAAGACCAGAUUCGAUAGAACUCUUGAACAUCUGCAGCAAUUGCAUUUGCUUCACACUCCGUUCAAUAUAUGAUGCUUCAAUGCGCGAGUGCUGUUUUGCAUUAGUCAAUCGUAACUUAACUUCGAACUCAACCGAGCCGUGGAAUUUUUUCCCCCCUUCUGCUUCAAGUCAAAAAGCUUGACGUUGUAGCUUCAUCACUUGUUAACGUGACGCGUCAUAAGCUUCUAGGUCACAUGUUAGUGUUACCCGUUUUCACAAGCAGCUGUAGACAGAGCUAUUUAUGACAAUUAACACCUUAACUUAAGAAUACUUGCUACUAAAACGAGUCCUAGCAUCACUGCUGCGGUACUACUUUAUGGCGACAGUGACAAUGGUGUCUAGUGUGGAUUUAUUGGCCUUUAACGCCGAGGUCUUAGCUGUUCCAGGUCUAUAUUAGGUUUCUGUAGGAGGCUUCUGUAGAAAACUCGGGUUGAUAUGUGAACAGUAAUUGCCAAAUACUCUUCUCUUAGAAACUUGUAACGAAUCACCUCUUAACGAUUAGGUUUAAUUUAGUGUGUGUGUAUUCUCCCUAGUUGAUUGGGCUUCCUCAGUGUUGCUCUCAAACUUUUCAAUUAACCGUUCGAGUGAUUUUCCUAACAUAGUUUGUGGAACUAAUCGCGAUGUGUUGCUAGUCUUCUUGGCAAUUGCUGCUUGAUAAUAAGCCUCUUUAAUGUUCCUCUGUUGUCAGAGCACCUGAGACGUUCUUUGCAAUUUUUGUUUUCCUUUGUAUCAGACGUUUUGCAGAUCUUAGGCAAUUUAUUUUUCUUGUUUCAUCUCAUUUCCUCGAAGUUGAUGGAAAUUUGUUACAUGCUUUGACGUUAUUCAUAUUAUGUCCGUGUGGGAUCUUGAUAAUUUCAAGCUGUUAACCGAAUGCAUUGAAUCUUUACGUCACGGUUUUGCAGCAACUCUAUGUGCUCUAGUAUUUACUGGCUGUGAAACGGUGUUUGUAUUCUCAAGGUUUUGUAAACCAUUUCGGGAUUUUUCGUCGGGUAUAAUUUACGCCACAAUGUCACGAGAUACUUUUGUACUUUUGAUGUGGACAAGAGAAUGCAAUGUUAUCUGGCAAGGCAAAUCAACUCUUGUUGAGAAUGAGAAAGAUAUGCAUUCGGUACUGGCUUACACCUGCCUUCAAUUAAGAUCGUUUCUAGACGUUAUUGCUAGCGCCUCGUUUAACGUCAUACGUUAGCUCAGGGUAGUUUUUAAUAUUGUCUUGGAUGACCUUACGUAUUUCAUGUCUGUUUACCUGUGUAAUUUGUUCUAACUACGGUUAUUGCAGCUUGGUUUCUCACGGUUAUAGUCAUGUUCAUUCUACCCGACUUGACGCAUGACAAAAAUAUAAUAAUGUACGCCUACUUAUAAAUCUUUCUGUACCUUUAUAUAUUUUCCGUGCUGUUAGCGUACAUUGCAGCUGGUCGAUAGACAAAUUUUACGCAAGCUUUGUGCACCAUUUCAACUGAAUUGACUAUAAUGCUCUCGACGGUCGCUGAGCGUUUAAAUUGCUUGCUGUCGUGUGUCACUUUCAGAGCAAACCUCUCAAUUCGCGUUUCAUUUUAUCCAAGUAAAGAAGGAUGUUUGAAA